AUGAAGUGCGACAAGGCUCUCCAGUGUAUUGUUGGGGGGUGGGGUUACCUCAACGCUACUUUGACAAACACAAACACUGGCGAGCUCAUCCCCGAAUGGCAUAGUAUCUACCCUUCAGGUGGCUCCGUAUACUCUCCUUCUGGUCAUAUUUCGUUUGUCAUUACUGCCAACGACACAACUCAAACCGACGUGCGCCCCAAGCAAGUGUCACUACCCGCCAAGCCCACGGAUCCGGAUCACCUUUGGGCUCUCGUGGCGCAACACAGCCUUGGGGUUUUCGGCAACUAUCGCUUCUCUGACGUGAAUUGUGACGGCGGCAACGGCAAAAAAUGCAACAAGGGUAAAGGAUGGUAUGGUCAAGGCAAGGACUGUAAGAAUGGGCCAUCCGGUGUGUUGACUGUUGACGUCACGUCCGCGACACUUCCCAGCUACGUUGGACUCCAACUUGUGAACACUUUUGAGUUCACAGACGAUUGCAACAAACAUGUUCUUAAGGCGGAUUUCGGUGGGGGCUUAGUUCAAACCGUUUGGUUCUAUCGCCUUCCCCAAAAGAACGUUUUUGCCUGA